UAAGGCAUUUAUGCCAAUUGAAAAAGCAAAAUGCAUAAGGCCUACAAUGUGCAGUCGAUACUGAAGCAAGGCGUUCAAAUUGAAGCCAUUGCAGCAUACGGUAAUCAAGUCAUCUUGGGCACCAGAAGCGGUCAGCUCAUCAUGUACGCGGUGGAAACGCAAACAGGCGUCGAUAUGCGUAUGUUCAACAAUAAUUUUAGCAAGAAACCCAUUGCCCAAAUGGAGGUGGUUUCUCCGGAGAAUUUGCUGUUUGUAUUGACCGACAAUAUGAUUCAUGUGUGUGAUAUAAGCCGGAUCGAGAACAAUUUCGAGUUUAUACAUAAAUCCCUAGAGACAAAAGGCUGUACGUUGUUUACCAUGGAUGUGGACACACGCAAAUCAACAACGGGCGAAGUGGCAACGUUUAUACGAAUCGGUUGUGCCAUAAAACGUCGAUUGGUGUUUUUCUUUUGGAAAAAGGAUCAGCUCGCAUCGCUGCAGCUGGCCAUCGAGCUCAUCGAUGUGCCCAAGGCAAUGUGCUGGGUUAACCAGCUCGUCUGUGUUGGCUACAAAAACGAAUACGUUCUAUACGAUAUAUCCAGCAAUCCGCCAACGAUGUACAAGCUCAUUCUUACUUCCUCCACCAUAAGCCAGGAGCCCAACAUUUGCUUAAUGCGUAAUAACAUGCUUGGCAUAUCGAAGGAAAACUACCUGAUGCACAUUGAUCUCGCUCAAUACAAAUCCAAAGACGGCUGUGCUGACGGCGGAAUGAGCAACAAGACAACGUUGACGCCUUGGACAAGUCCGCUUUUGGGCUUGGUUUGGGAUGAGCCAUUUGCUGUUGGGCGCAUUAAAAAUGCCGUCGAGGUGCGCAGCUUGGUGGGCAAGGACACGUUUGUGCAGUCCAUGCCGGAGCUGAGGAAUACCCGGUUUCUAGUUCGCUCCGAUAAGGGCACCAUCUUUGCCGCCGCUUCAUCGGAGCUGUGGUGCAUACGCCUCGUGGACAUUCCAACGCAGCGCGAGGAGUUAUUGCAGCAAAAGAAAUUUCAGCUGGCAAUCGAACUGACGGAAAUUUCCGACGAAAAUGCCAGCGAUAAAGCACAGACCGUACGCUCGAUACACAUGCUAUAUGCCAAAGAGUUGUUUACCAAUAAAGAAUUCGCAGCUGCCAUGAAGGAAUUCGAGAAAGCCGCCAUCGAUCCCUACGAUGUGAUACGCCUCUUCCCGAGUCUCGUGCCGGAACCAAAGACCACUGCAGAUGCUGCAGUACCAACGUCCAGUGUACCAAAGCUGGAGGAUCAUGAACUAGAGAAUGCGUACUUGGCGCUUAUUGAGUUUCUGGCACAAGCACGUCAACGAGAGGUGGUGAAAUUGCUCGAUACCAAGGGCAUCUCCAAUUUCCUGCUUGAGAUAAUUGACACGACGCUGCUCAAGUGCUAUCUGAAGACAAAUGAUGCGCUGGUUGCGCCCCUGUUGCGCCUUAACCAAUGUCACCUGGAGGAGUCGGAGAAAAUGCUCAAAAAAAAUAACAAACUUUCCGAGCUUAUUAUUCUCUAUAAUGGCAAAGGAAAGCACAAGAAGGCUUUGACGCUUCUAAAGGAACAAGCGAACAUUGAGGGAUCUGUUUUGCAGGGUCUUAAACGCACCAUUACCUAUCUUCAGGCCCUGGGCGUUGACAAUCUGCCCUUAAUUUUUGAAUUUGCCGACUGGGUAUUAACUGAGAAUCCGGAGGAAGGUCUAACAAUAUUCACCGAUGAGCUGAUCGCCGUGGAGAAGCUGCCUCGUGCCAAAGUUCUUGACUUUUUGGUGAGCAAACACAAGACUCUCGUUAUACCCUACUUGGAGCAUGUCAUCGACGAGUGGGGUGACACCAAUACACUGCGCCACAAUGCACUUCUUAAGCAGUACAGCGAGCAAGUGCAGCGCCUGCUGGCUCAGCAGGCUGAGGGAAAAGAAACACCCGAGCUGCCGCACUUGCGCGCCAAAAUGACUAAGAUGCUAGUGGAAUCUCAAUACUAUUCCCCAGAUCACGUACUGGAACACUUCCCCACCACCAUGCUGCUGGAGGAGCGUGCCAUAAUUCUGGGCCGCCUCAAAAAGCAUGAUAAGGUACUGGCCAUAUACAUACAAGUGCUGGGUGAUGUGGAGAAGGCCAAGGACUACGCGGAGGCAAACUAUGAACAGGACAAAGAGGUGUUUAAUAUACUGCUCCAGAUCAUACUGAAUCCAGUGCCUCAGCCGCCCUACGAGGGCGUGACCAUGCAUCCAGACUUCCUCAGACCAAACAAAGAAGUGGCAUUGCACCUGCUAAAUACCUAUACAGUGAAAAUUGACCCAACAAGGAUUUUGGAAUAUCUGCCGGAUGAUAUUUACAUGCAUGAGUUGAAAAAUUAUUUUGAGACUGUGGUGCGCACCCAGAUGGCCGAAAGCCACCAGCGCCAAAUUAUGCGCGGACUUCUGCAAGCGGAGGCGGCGCGCCUGGAGGCGGCCAUCGAGCAGGAAAAGAGCAAGAGCUUUGAAAUGAAUGAGUCGACUGUGUGUCCGGAGUGCAAGAAGCGCUUUGCCAAUCAAACUGCUUUUGUACGCUAUCCGGAUGGUCAAAUUGUGCAUCUGUCCUGCUACGACAGAGUCGUGUCGGCAACACAACAAUAAACCGACUCUUUUCAUAUGUGAUAAUUUCAAAAGUAGACAAGUCUUUCUAAGUUAAGAUAUAUAUUUGUAAAUGCUAAGCAUAAUUCGUACGAAAUCAGACUGUUUCUGAAUUGAAAAUAUGAAUAGUUCUAGAAUUAUAUAAAACACUUAAGGCAAGCGAUUCACUUGCAAUAAAUAUCUUAAGAGAAUAUAUUAGUUUUCAAAAACAUAGCUCAUGUAUACAAAUUCAGACUUAGUUAUUUGCAUGAAAGUCUAACUUCUUUGUUUGUCUACAGAU